AAAGGAUGAUGAAGAGGACUGGGACGAAGAUGAAGACAAAGAGGAAGAUGCGGCGAAUGAGAUGGAUGACUGGGAGGAGAAUGAGGAGUUGAGAGCCAUCGAAGGUCUGGAGGGAAUUAUGCCUGUGAAGCCUGAAUCCGCUCCAAAAGAGAAGAUUGAACCCAUUCCAGAUGGGAGCUCCUUCUUCAUUCUUGGAAAAAGAAACUGCCUCCGAGUGGCCUGCCACAACCUCAUCCACCACUCCUACUUCACCAACCUCAUCCUCGUCUUCAUCAUCGCCAGUAGUAUUUCUCUGGCCGCUGAGGAUCCAAUCAGAGCUCACUCCUUUAGGAACAACAUGCUUGGCUACGCUGAUUAUGCGUUCACCUCCAUAUUCACUGUGGAAAUCAUACUGAAGGUGACGGUUUUUGGUGCAUUCCUUCAUCCUGGUUCCUUCUGUAGGAAUGCCUUCAACCUCCUGGACCUUUUGGUUGUCAGUGUGUCUCUCGCGUCCUUCUUCCUCCAUUCCAGUGCUAUCUCUGUGGUCAAGAUUUUCAGGGUACUCAAAGUGCUCAGGCCUCUUCGAGCAAUCAACAGAGCCAAGGGACUCAAGAACGUAGUGCAGUGCGUGUUUGUGGCAAUCAAAACCAUCGGAAACAUCUUGAUCGUCACAACGCUCCUCCAGUUCAUGUUUGCUUGUAUUGGAGUGCAGCUCUUCAAGGGAAGAUUCUACAGUUGCACCGAUGAAGCUAAACACACUCCAUAUGAGUGCAUGGGGACGUUUGUGGUAUAUAAGGAUGGUGAUAUGAAUCACCCUAUGGUGAGAGAGAGGAAAUGGCAAAACAGUGAAUUCAACUUUGACAAUGUGCUGCAGGGCAUGCUGGCCCUGUUCACUGUAUCUACAUUUGAAGGCUGGCCACAGCUGCUGUACAAGGCCAUCGACGCCAAUGCUGCGAAUCACGGCCCUAUCUACAACUACCGUGUGGAAAUCUCCAUAUUCUUCAUCAUCUACAUCAUCAUCAUCGCCUUCUUCAUGAUGAACAUCUUCGUGGGCUUCGUCAUCAUCACGUUCCGUGAACAGGGAGAAUCUGAGUUCAAAAACUGCGAACUGAACAAAAAUCAAAGACAGUGCGUGCAGUACGCUCUGAAAGCCAAGCCCAUCAAGAUCUACAUUCCCAGAAACCCGUCCCAGCUGAAGUUCUGGAAGAUCAUCGCCUCCAGCCAGUUUGAGUACAUCAUGUUUGUCUUAAUUCUUCUCAACACCCUCACCUUGGCUGUGCAGCAUUAUGAGCAGUCUAAAACAUUCAACUCUGUGAUGGACAUCCUCAACUUAAUCUUCACAGCCCUAUUUACCAUAGAGAUGAUCAUCAAGCUACUGGCUCUCAGAACACAUCAAUAUUUCAUCGAUGCCUGGAACUCCUUUGACGCUCUGAUCGUUGUGGGCAGUGUGCUAGACAUCGUGGUCUCAGAGCUCAGUGGAGGGGACGAGGAUGUUGAGGCAAUCGAGGCCGCAGCCCAAGCUGCGGCUGUAGCCGUACCCGGAGCUCCGCCCGUGGCCAAGAAGGAAAGCGGAAAAGUGUCCAUCACAUUCUUUCGUUUGUUCCGAGUCUUGCGAUUGGUCAAGCUGCUCAGCAAAGGGGAGGGCAUUCGAACCCUCCUCUGGACUUUUGUCAAAUCCCUCCAGGCCUUGCCAUAUGUCGGUCUACUUAUUGCAAUGAUUUUCUUCAUCUACGCUGUGAUCGGCAUGCAGACAUUUGGAAAGAUUGCUAUAGAUGACAACUCACAUAUCAACAGGAACAACAACUUCCAGACCUUCUUCAUGUCUGUCCUGCUGCUCUUCAGGUGUGCCACCGGAGAGCAGUGGCAGGAGAUCAUGUUGGCAGCGUUGCCAGGGAGACCCUGUGACCCUGAGUCAGACUUUGAGCCCGGGGAUGACAACAUGUGCGGCAGCAACCUGGCUUACAUCUACUUCAUCAGCUUCUUCAUGCUCUGCGCUUUCCUGAUCAUUAACUUGUUCAUUGCUGUCAUCAUGGACAACUUUGAGUACCUGACCAGAGAUUGGACCGUACUGGGUACUCAUCACCUGGACGAGUUCAAACGAGUCUGGUCGGAUUAUGACCCAGAGGCGACGGGUCGAAUCAAACAUAUCGAUGUGGUCACUAUGCUGCGCAGGAUCCAGCCACCCCUUGGUUUUGGCAAACUGUGCCCCCAUCGUGUGGCCUGCAAGAGGCUGGUUGCUAUGAACGUGCCGCUGCACAGCGACGGGACAGUCACCUUCAAUGCCACCCUGUUUGCGCUGGUCAGAACCUCACUCAAGAUCAAGACCGAGGGUCCUGUUGACCAGGACAACGAGGAGCUCAGGGCCAUCAUUAAGAAGAUAUGGAAGCGCACUAAGCCCAAGCUCCUUGAAGAGGUCAUUCCACCCCCUAGAGGGGAAGAGGUGACUUGUGGGAAGUUCUAUGCCAGCUUCCUGAUCCAGGACUACUUUAAAAAGUUCCGCAAGAGGAAGGAGCGGGAGAGGAAGAAGAAGGGAAAAGACAAGAAAGACUCCCUCCAGGCAGGGCUCAGGUCACUGCAGGCACUGGCCCCAGAGUUGCAUCUGGCCUUGGCAAUGGAGGGAGAGGAUGAGGAGUGUGUGGAGGGAGAGUUGGAUGAAGAGUUCUUCAAGAAUGACAACGUUUUCGAAGAUCCUGGCACCUCUGCCACAAGUACUCCAUCCACCACUCACAUGCCAGCUGACAUAGAGGAGGGCACCACCACUAUCUUCAUGGAGCCCUUCGUCGAGCCCACAAUAUCCAGCAACGUGGUCACAGAACAGCCAUUGACAGUCAGCGAGAAACCAGCAUCAGCUCUCUCAUCCUUUGAUGUAGUGAUGGAACAGCCCACGAGAUCAGAGGCCAUCCCUCCACCAGAAGACACACCAGCACCGCCCCAACCAGCCCCAGCCGCAUCACCACCAAAAGAUCCAUCCCCUCCCCAACCAGCACCAGCACCAGCCGCAAACCCACCAAAUGCCCCAUCCCAGCCUCAACCAGCCCCAGUUGCAUCCUCACCAAAUGUUGCUUCUCCACCACAGGUGGUUACUCAAUCCCCACCUCAAAUAGUGUUAGCCCCACCAGAACCAGAGGCACCUCAAAUAGUGUUAGAGGCAGCCCCUGCCCCACCUCAACCAGAGCCAUUGAUGGAGGGAAGAGGAAGUGAAACUUCCACUACACAGCAGGUGUACUACCCGCAGUACCCAGUGAGCAUGCCCACAAACAACGGGCAUGUGUAUCAAGAGCAACCUGUAGCAUCCCCUAUCCCGUUAGAGUACAUGCAGAGUCCUACUCCUAACUUCACCAAUGGGAGAGCUGCAGGAGUGCCCUACGCCAAUGGAAAUGGCAUGAAUGGGAACGUCUCCAAUGGCGGUACGAAUGGAGGUAGUGUGAAUGGAGGUAGCAUUACCGGAAGUAGCAUGAGUGGCUACACUGGCAACGGUUACAACGGAAAUGGAUACAAUGGAAACGGCUACAACGGAAACGGUUACAAUGGAAACGGCUACAAUGGAAACGGCUACAAUGGAAACGGUAACGGAUUGGAGCAGUAUGUUCGGAGACGUGUUCUUCCUCCCACUCCUGCAGGUCGCAAGCCGCCCUCCUUUAACAUCCAGUGUCUGAGGGCACAGCAUAGCGCGGAUGACAUCCCCAUCCCUGGCACGUAUGAGAGUAAUUCGCCCCCAUGCAGAUCCAGACUGAACCUUGACUCCCGCCGCAGCAGUGCCUCCUCCAUGUCCUCUGCUUCCUGGGCCAACAACGGAGGAGGACAUGCAGGGUCGAUGCCAGGAGCAGGGGUGACGGCAGCAUCAUCAGCAGCAGCGAAGAGAGGGCGUCUGCUCUACGCCCCUCUGAUGCUGGUGGAUGAGGCCAGGGGCACCAAGCAGGUGUGGGGAGACAGGACCCAGGCCACCUCCAGCCUCCCUGCUAUUGCAACCAGGCCCAGUGGCUGGUACCCUGGAGCCCCGACACUCCCUGUGCCCACCCCCCAGAACAGGAGCUACACCAAUGGCAGGGUGCCCUCCCAGAUCAGCCAGAGCCUCAUAGAGAAGGGCAGUGCAGACAGCCUGGUGGAGUCGAUCCUGAUAUCGGAAGGCUUGGGCCUCUAUGCAAGAGACCCAAAGUUUGUGAACUUCGCCAAGCGAGAGAUCGCGGACGCAUGUAACAUGACCAUUGAUGAGAUGGAGAACGCAGCCACAGACCUGCUGACCCGUUCGGCAGGCCAGCCAAUAGGACGCUUCGAGGAGGAGCUGGCUGACGAGAUGAACUGUGUGAUUUCCUACUGAGACUAGAGAGAGGAAACAGAGAGGAAGGGAGAGGGAGGGUGGGAGAGUUGGAGGGCAAGGAGAUAGAGCCUUACCUCUUUGUCGACAUCAACAUAGGGGGUAAGGAUGGCGAGGCAAGCUGUUGAUCUUAGCAAACUGUCAAUGUCUCUUUGUACAGGGUAAUUUUCUCUUCCAGAUCUUCUCAGGUAAUUUGGCUUUGUUGAAAGCAUCAGUGUGUCUUGAACAAGAGCCUGAAAUAACCAUACUACAUUUGACAGCAUAUACAUAGAGCAACUAUUGAGGUUUGGCCACAAUACUCUUGAAAAGUUAUUUCCAAUGUAAGAGUGCACAGUACUAUAGCCUUCCAAACGGGAUUACAAUUCUUAUUCUACCAUGAAGUAUUUAUCGCUAUGUCAAAAGCGGCACUUUCUGCCUUGUAUUUCCAUUUUGUACUGAGCUUGAUUUGCUGUCCCUUUAUGUAACCCAAAAUCAUACAAUCCCCCUGGUAAGACCAUAGAAAUAUAUUAAAAGCAGAGGCAUAAAUCCAAUAUAUAAACAAACACCUUGUCUGUUGUGCAAGUGAGCUCCAGUUGUAACUACAGAUCAUGAAACAGGGUUUGUGUGUGUCGUGUCAGUGGCCCAGUGAAGCAUUAGCCUAGCGUUAGCAUUAGACAUUUGAACCAUGUCAUGUAUGAUCAUGUCAACAGAAAUGCCACAGAAGAUUCUCAUGACAGUCACCGUAGUCUUCCUCGGUGAGAAGCUUUGACGUCGUAUUUAUGUACAUAUGCGGUCAAGAGGAAAGCAGCUUGUAAACGUAAUAAUAACAAUUGUUAGUUUUGUUUUAUUGUGACUGCUAAUACUUUGAAAUGUCAGGUAUUUCUGUGUGUACAUCAAUAAAGUGUCAUGUCUUUUUCUCAAA